UGAAGAAAAGUCGAGAGAGUAUAAACAAUACGCACGUUGUAAGUUUUGCCGGUUUUGUGCGUUGUUCUUGCUGACAUAAUAUUUUGAUUGAAGCUUACACAAUGACUGGAGGAGGUUAUGCAGAAAUAAAGCAACGAGAGCUUAUGUACAGACUUAUGAUCAGUCAGUUAUUCUAUGAUGGACAUCAACAAUUAGCUGUAACAUUAUCUAACCUUGUAAAGGCUCAUCCAGCAUGUCCGCCAUCAGACAGACUCUUUACAGUUGUCAAAUAUGGACUAGACGUGGAAGAAGAAAUCACUGGCACCAAGCAAAAUACUACAGAAAGCACCAUCCCAGGAACUGGUAUCGAUCUGGAGUUUACUACAGAUGUUCAGACAAUCUCACCAGAGGCAGCUCUCUAUGAAACUUGUUACGUGACUGCACACAAAGGACCGUGUCGCGCAGCAGCUUUCCAUCCUAGUGGGAAAUUAAUAGCAACAGGAUCAGAGGACGCAUCCAUCAAGAUUUUAGAUGUAGAAAGAAUGUUGUCAAAAAGUGCCACACCAGCAGAAAUAAUUGCCAUGGAAACACCACAACAAGCUAUGGAGAAUCACCCAGUCAUCAGAACUCUUUAUGAUCAUGCAGAUGAAGUGACAACAUUAGACUUUCACCCUCAGCAUCAGAUUUUAGCAUCAGCAGGCAAAGAUUUCAGCAUUAGAUUCUUUGAAUACUCCAAACCGUCCGUCAAGAAGGCAUACAAAAGUAUUCAGGAAGCAACAGAAGUACGGUGUAUAUCAUUUCAUCCAUCAGGGGACUAUAUCUUAGUGGGCACUCAGCAUCCAACAUUACGACUUUAUGAUGUGAACACAUUCCAAUGUUUCGUAGCAAGAGAUCCCAGUCAUCAACACAAAGGACCAAUCACAUGUGCAAAAUGGAGUCCAAAUGCAAACAUGUAUGUGACCUCAUCUAAGGAUGGAGAUAUAAAAGUUUGGGAUGGCGUAGGAAAUGUGGUCAUCAAUACAUUUACAAAGGCACAUGAUGGCAACGAAGUGUGUUCAGUUAUGUUCUCAAGAAAUGGAAAGUAUGUGUUAUCUAGUGGGAAGGAUUCCCUGGUUAAGUUAUGGGAACUGUCUACCAAUAGAUGUCUGAUUAUGUACACAGGAGCUGGGGCCACAGGGAAACAGGAACACAGAACACAGGCUGUAUUUAACCAUACAGAGGAUUACAUUUUAUUCCCUGAUGAAAAGACCACAAGUUUGUGUUGCUGGGAUUCCAGAAAUGCUGAAAGACAAAGAUUGUUAGCAUUAGGUCAUAAUGGUGCAGUUAGAUACAUUGCUCAUUCUCCAACAGGUCCAGCCUUCAUCACAUGUAGUGAGGAUUUCAGAGCUAGAUUCUGGUACAGGAAAGCUGAUUCAGACUGAUAGAAUAACUGGGUUUUUUCUGCAAAUGUUAUUGUUUUAAAUGAAUGAAUAAUCAUUACUGUGCACAUCCAGAUAUUAAACAUACAUGUUAAGUUCAUUAAUUAGUUUGUACAACUUUCCGUUUACAAGUUCAUGAUAGAGAAAUUUGAGUUUUUUUUGUCUUUUUUUGAUACUCUGUAAAACUUAAGUUUAACUUUAUCAUUUGAAAGAUGCUGUACUGAUUUUGCAAACAGAAAGAUUUUAUAUUGUUUCAUGUGUUGUAUCAUUAGAACAUUUAAUUGUAGUUUACAGGUCUUAUAAUUUGAUUAUUUAAAGUAAUAUCUGAAAUUUUCAAGUAAACAUUUUUGGCAUUUGCUACGAUGAUAUAUUUCUGAAACUUUAUAAAUAAAAAAAGCCAUAUCACAUUUAAAUGAUAAAAUUGUAUAGUUGGAUGUCUUGUAUAUAGAUAAAUAAAACAUGUACAAAUGGAA